AUGCCUCACGAUGAACAGCCUGCAGAUCUUGGGCGCAACGGGCACACAAGCAAGAAGCAGCAUGUCAAGGCCGACGAUGGCUUCCCCACCUACCAGCUUACCAUUCUUGCCAUCUGCCGCUUCUCGGAGCCCAUAGCAUUCAACUCAAUCCUGGCUUACACCUACAUUAUGGUGCAGGAUCUCAACGGCACCGACGUUAACGCCUCGUUCUAUGCUGGUCUCCUCGUCUCUGCUUAUGCGGUCGCUGAGGCCCUGACGUCUAUGCUAUGGGGAGCAGUGUCAGAUCGAUACGGACGGAAGCCCGUCGUACUAUUUGGCCUCUGCGGAGUCGCCAUUUCCAGCCUCAUUUUUGGCCUUGCCAAGACUUACUGGGUCGCCCUACUGGCACGGUUCGUUGGGGGAAGCCUGAACGGGAACGUAUCUGUGAUGCAAACUAUGGUGGCAGAGAUGGUCAAGAAGCCCGAGCAUGAACCACGAGCAUAUGCCGUCCAGCCGUUUGUGUGGUUUCUUGGCAGCAUUAUUGGGAGUGCGAUGGGUGGCUUCCUGGCGCAACCCGCAAAGUUCUAUCCCGAUGUCUUCCCUGAGGAUGGCCUCUUUGGACGAUAUCCGUAUCUCCUGCCUAACCUGGUCUCAGUCGCGGUCAUUGUCAUUGCUGUUACCCAGGGCAUCAUCUUCCUAGAUGAAACAAACCCUCAAUUCAUCAAGGAGAGGGUGGAGCAGGUGCAUGCAACAGAGAGCGAGCAAGACGACGAGAAUACCCCUCUGAUCCGGACGACCAGCCAGCCGCGAUCCAUCAUGGAAGAGAUCCGCCACGGCACCAGACCGUUCAUUGCAGAGGAAGGACUGCCGACAGCAGCAGAUCAGCGCUUCGACCUCCGACACAACUCUUUCGGAACUAUGCACUCAAUACAAGUACGGCCCGAACUUCAGGACUUGCAGCAAGGCAUCCAACAAGCAACAGGGACGGCGAAAGGCCAAGAGAAGGCCUUCAACUUUGCUGUCAUCAUGCUUAUUCUCGCACUUGUCAUUGCUGCCUUUCAUCAAAUGGCGUUCGGUGCCAUCCUCCCCAUCUAUCUGCUCGACUCGCCAUCAUAUAAUUCUACCAUCGCCCGCUCACCUCAGCUGGAUCUUUCGGGCGGUAUGGGCUACAGCCUGCACGACGUCGGUGGCUUCCUCGCAGUCAACGGCUUCAUCGCUCUUUUCAUACAAGGCGUCAUUUUCCCCUUUUUUGUCGAAGGCACAGGCGUCUGGCUAUCAUUCUUGGUUCCGACGAUUCUAUAUCCCCUGUGCUAUGUUAUGAUGCCGUUCCUCUCUCUACUCAGGCCCGUGGGGCAGACCGAAGAGGCUCCUGACUCUGUAACCCUAUCAGCUGGGAUCUACGUCACGUUAUUUCUGCAGAACUUAUUCGGCAUCAUUCUCACACCUUGCGCCCUGAUAUUGCUCAAGAAUGCGUGCCCAUCACCCUUGGUUCUCGGUCGCGUUAAUGGCCUUGCUAUGAGUGCUGUGUGCAUCGCUCGAACAAUCAGCUCACCUCUAGUGGGCGUUUUCUAUGAUGUCGGCGGGAGCGCCGCUGCUUGGGGUGGGUGUGCUGUGGUCGCGAUCCUGGGCGCAAUUCAGCUUUGGUGGGUUCCAAAGGACAAAGUAGUAGGGAGUGGCCCAGAGGCAGUGGAGGUGCAUGUAGAAAGUGCAUUUGGUGGCCACCACGAGCAUGGUGGGACUUCCGGGGAGGUUGCUGUUUUCGAUGACGACGACGAUGGGGAAAUUGACAGGGUGUAG